CAAAGCGUAUCGGCCGCCUACAUACAGGAAGCGAACACAAGAUACAAAAAGUCUGGGUACUAAAUUGUUUUGGCCUCAGACUCCUGUGGUAUUGGGUCUCGAAAACUAUUUUCUAGGAUUAAUGUCCUUAACUGCGUGCAUUGUUGAUGGGUGGUGCUGUCCAGAAUCACAUCUGCGUGAACUCGUUUUGACGGCAUAACAAAGAUAGCUAGCAAGACUGGCUCUCGGCUGAGCAUGGAGACAGCACACCCUGGAGAUGAGAAGAGAGGUUGUAGCGCCAUGCUGUGGUCGGUUGGGGAAGCUGUGGAGAGGCAAACACUUCAGAUCGGGGCAUCUGCGUGCGGUGCUACUGCGGUGGUGGACGUCCUACAGGCUCUGGGCGUCACCGUAGCGCCUGAAACCGCUGAUUUCUGCGUGCGAACUCGAUUAAGAAAGAAUGACGCGUCUUUGCCGGACUAUCUGUUCUCUCGUAGUGAGGCAGGUGCCACACACCAACAGCUCCUGGACGGGGCAGAACAGGCCAGCGAUGGGAGAGUAGUGGGGCGGUUCUUUGCCUUCCACCCUCCCCGGCAGGUGAAGCUGGUUCCCUGGCUCGCCUACUGGAUCCGGAAGGGCGCUGUACCAGUAGCCACCAUGAACAUGCAGCUGGCCGUCCCUGAGGGAGAGGAGGUCCCUGACGCUUGGCAUCACCAGCUGAUAUUUGGGGUGGGGCCUAACGCUGUCUUUAUGACAAACCCUCUGGAUGUGGAUUGUGUGUUCACAGUGAGUGAAGAGGUGGUGCUCCAGCGUUUGUGCAGUGAGUCAGUGCUUUUGAUUCGCCGGGAGGACGUGCUGCAAAGAUUGACAGGUGACACCCAACUGUCUGUGCUGACACAGGGUCAGUCUGACCCACGCUGGAACACCCUGGAUGUUGAAGGCCAAGUGAGGCAGAUGUGCUGUGAAGAAGAGUGUGAGGAUGAAGAACAGCCGAAAAUGACCCACAUCGUGAUUCCAGCAGCAUACCAGUCUGGUGUUUCUCUCUUUGCUGUCAGAGACUCUGACGUGGGACACAAGCUUCUCCAAGCCCCUGAUGUACCCCUGCUGUAAUGUGACUCAAAUGUUUAUUACUCUGUCAGUGAACAGAUAUGGCCCUUACCUGUGGCAUGAUUGUACCUGCCAGUGAUUGGACUGGUCACCUGACCUGAAUGUAUUGUGAGAGGACAGUCACAUUGGGUGAUGCGGAUGGGGCCUCUGACUCCAGUUGAAGACACAUUGGUACUCUUCAUAAACAACUAAAUUGAUAUCUAUGUUGAACCCUCAACCACAUAUCAGUGUUACAAAUAUCCAAACAUAGUGGGCAGUUGUGAAAUACCUCAAAAUUGCGCUGAACAAUGUUUUUCCUUAGUUUUAAACUAAGUACCCCCACUGCUGUCUCUGUUCCAUCCAAUGUAAUGUAAACAAGCUAAUUACUGAAUAAACACUCUA